AUGUCGGCGUCCUUUCAUCUCCCCCCGCCGCCCUCUGUGGCCGCCGCCGCCUCGGGAAGCAGCCUCGCCUUCUCCGGCGGCCCGCCAGAUGGGACUCCGAAGCGCAAGCUCUCGGUGAGGGCGCAGCUGGGGCAGCUCUGCAAAGAGGGGCGGCUGGAGCUCGCCCGCCGCCUCUUCGACACCCUCCCGCGGCCCGUCCCCACCGUCGUCUGGAACACCCUCCUCAUCGGCUACGUCUGCAACUCCCUCCCCAUGGAGGCGCUCCGCCUCUACGCCCUCAUGGACGCCGCCCCUGACGCCUACACCUUCUCCUCCACGCUCAAGGCCUGCGCCGACGAGCGCCGCCUGAGGGCCGGCGAGUCCCUGCACGGCCGCCUCCUGCGCCUGCCCCGGCCGGGGCUACUCAGGAACAGGGUCCUCAACAACUCGCUCCUUGGCAUGUACGCCGCCUGCUCGCCGGAGAGCCCCCGCGCCGCCGCCGCCGUCCGGCUGCUGUUCGACCGGAUGCCCAAGAGGAACGUCGUCUCGUGGAACACGAUGCUUGGGUGGGCUCUCAAGGCCCGGAGGCCGCUGGACUCACUGAAGAUGUUCAAGAAGAUGGUCGAUGGCGGAACCAGGCCGUCGGCCGUCAGCUUCGUCAACGUCUUCCCCGCAGUGGCCGCUAUGGAGGACUGGCGGAACUCCAUGGUCCUCUACGGCAUGCUCCUCAGGCACGGCGACGAAUACGUCGACGACGCCAUCGUCACGAGCUCUGCGAUCUGCAUGUUCUCCGAGCUCUCGGAUGUCUCCGCCGCGAGGCGAGCCUUCGAUCGCUCUGCGACCAGGAACACGGAGGUGUGGAACGCCAUGAUCGGAGGGUACGUCCAGAACGACCUCCCCGAAGACGCCCUCGACCUCUUCGUCCAGAUCUUGGCACAGGACGCCGUCCUCGCCGACACGGUGACCCUCAUCGCCGCCCUCAUGGCCGCCUCGAUGCUACAGGUGAUCCGCCUCGGGGAGCAGCUCCACGGGCUCAUCCUCAAGAACUCGACGGCCCCGCCGCCGGUGAUCCUCUCGAACGCCCUCAUGGUCAUGUACUCGAGGUGCGGCUCCGUGCAGACGGCCCUCGAUCUCUUCCACCAGAUGCCCGAGAAGGACGUCGUCUCCUGGAACACCAUGGCGUCCGCCCUCGUGCAGAACGGCCUCGAGACCGAGGGGAUCCUGCUCGUCCGCGAGAUGCAGAGAGAUGGGCUGAGAGCCGACGCCGUGACCCUCACGGCGGCGCUCUCCGCCGCCUCGAACUUGGGCGACAUCAGAACGGGGAGGGAGGCGCACGGCUACCUCAUCCGGCACGGGAUCGGCGGCGGAGCAGGGAUGGACAGCUAUCUGAUCGACGUGUACGCCAAGUCGGGAGCCGUGGAGAUUGCCAGGCGCCUGUUCGACAUGGCUGGAGAACGGCGGGAGCAGGACCUGGUCACCUGGAACGCCAUGAUCGCCGGCUACGCGCAAGCGGCGCAGGCCGAACCCGCCGUCGCCCUGUUCAGGAAGAUGCUGCUGGAGGAAGAAGACGACGACCACCUGGCUCCCAGCGCCGUCACCCUCUCCUCGGUCAUCCCGGCCUGCGGCGCGGCCGGGGGGCUCCGCUCGGGGCGAGAAGUCCACUGCUUCGCGAUCCGGCGCGCCUUGGACGAGAACGUCUUCGUGGGCACCUCCCUCGUGGACAUGUACGCCAAGUGCGGCUGCGUCGACGGCGCCGAGAAGGUGUUCGACGGAAUGCGGGAGAAGAACUCGGUCACUUACACGACGAUGAUAUCGGGGCUGGGCGCGCACGGGCUGGGCUGCAGAGCCCUCUCCCUCUUCUGGGAGAUGCAGUGGCGGGGGAUGGCGCCGGAUGCCGUCACGUUCGUCGCCGCCAUGACGGCCUGCGGCCACUCCGGCAUGGUCGAGGAAGGCCUCGAGCUCUUCCACCUGAUGGAGGAGGAGUUUCAGAUCCCUGCUUCCGUCGAGCACCACUGCUGCGUGGUCGACAUGUUGGGCAGGGCCGGGAGGAUCAAGGAGGCGUACGACUUCGCGAGGGAGCUCGGAGAGGACGGCGGCUUCGUGGGCAUCUGGGGGUCGCUUCUGGCGGCCUGCCGGCUGCACGGGGAGCUCGAGCUGGGGAAGCGGGUGGCGGAGCGGCUGUUCGAGAUCGAGAGGAGGGCUGGUGGCGCCGCCGCCGCCGGGGUCUCCGGCUACCACGUUCUGCUCUCCAACGUCUACGCGGCGGAGGGCAGCUGGGAGAAGGUCAACGGGAUAAGGCGGCGGAUGAGGAGCAAGGGGCUGAGGAAGGAGCCCGGAUUCAGUUCCAUUAAGGUCGGGGACGCCUCCCAUAGGUUCAUGUCCAGGGACGGGUGGCACCCGGAGCGCGACCAGAUCAAGGGGAUGCUUCGCGAGCUGAGUUACAACACAAAGUCAGAGGGUUAUCAGGAUGUGGUUCCAGUCUUCUUGGACGAUAUGGCCGAGACGGAUGAAUGA